GUGUAAAAAUAUUGUAAAAAAUUAAACGAAUCAUAAUUAAAUAUUUUUUAAAUUAUUAAAUUGAAAAAUUGGUGAAAAUGAAAAUGCUGGAUAUUACACUCAAAUUAAAAUGAUUGUUUUUCAGAUGAAUUAUUGUUUUGGUUAAUAACAAAAAUAUAUUGAUAACACCGCCAAUUAAAUUUAUGGGAGAGUUAAGAAAAUAAGAAAUUUAUUGUUGUUGCUCCUAAUAAUAUCAGCAAGACUGGGUAUCUUAUGAAAUUUUAAAAAUAAAUCAAACUUUAAAUUGAAUAUGAACCAAAUUUGGAAAUAAAUCUUUAUUAGUACACAAAACCAAAUCAAAAUGAUUUUAACAAAAGUUACAAAAAAAAUCCCAAUAUGAUUGCGUUUGUCACUUGAAAAUAAAAAGCUGUUCCACAAAAAAAUGCUUUUUUAAGGGAUUUAAGAAGAAAUUUGCAUAAAUGCGUCAUAAUCCGCUAAUUUAUUUUGAAAGAAGAAAAACGAAAUAAGGUAAAAGUAAAUAAAAGCAACUUGAUAUCAAUCAGCACUUUGGAUUUCAAUUUCAAAUAAAUAUCGGCAACAGUACAGUAGCUUAGUAACUAAAAGACAAUGUAUAGUGAAAAACGUUUGGAUAAAAAUCAAACAGGGCUUCCCAUAACACCUUUAGGGAGCAAUCACCAUUCUCAUCAUCAUCAUAAUCAAUUACAUCAUCAUCAUGUGCAUCAUUUACAUCCACAUCAUAAUCCAUUACAAAUAAAUCAUGCGACUGUUAGUGCUGCACCUUCAGCAAUUCAACAGCAUUCACAUCAUCAGCAUCAUCAGGUCCAUCCCAGUGUUCAUUCAGCUGUACACAUACCAAUUUCAAAUCCUCAUUCACAUUCACCAAUAUCUGCUGUUGUACAGCAACAGCAACAACAGCAAGCAACACAACAUCAAACACAGCAGCAAAAUGUUCAACACCAGGUGCAGCAACAACAACAGCAACAACAGCAACAAUCUCAACAACAGCCACAACAACAGCAACAGUCACAACAACAGGGGCAAGGAACAAUGUUUACAAGAUUUGAUGCUAACAAAUCAACAAAAGGUGCAUCAAAACUGCGACGAGAUUUAAUCAAUGCUGAAAUUGCAAAUCUUCGAGAUUUGUUGCCAUUACCACAAUCUACUAGACAAAGAUUAUCACAGUUACAAUUAAUGGCACUAGUUUGUGUUUAUGUAAGAAAGGCUAACUAUUUUCAACAAGUAUUUAAGCGACAUGAUAUUGGUAUACACCAUGCGCCAACACCAAAUAUAGGAUUUUCCAAGGCAUUAUCCGGUUUCUUAAUGAUGCUAACCCAAAAUGGUAAACUGCUUUAUAUAUCCGAUAAUGCAGCUGAAUAUCUGGGACACUCUAUGGAGGAUUUACUUAUACAUGGUGAUUCAGUUUACGAUAUCAUUGACAAACAGGAUCAUGGACCUAUUCAAGCUGAAUUAAAUCGUAAUGUUCCACAGCCACCUGGUCAACAUCAUAGCCAACAUAAUUCCAUAUCAAAUCUUGAAGGUGAACGUAGAAUGUUUUUAUGCCGAAUGAAUGUUAGUCGAAAUGCAAGACGUCAAAUGAGAUUUGGUGAUCAAAAGGUUGUACUAGUUCAAGGACAUUAUUUAUCUUAUUUGCCAUUAUGUAGUCGAAACGAGCCAGUUUUUUUAGCAACAUGUACCCCAAUUGCAAUGCCAGAAACAAGAGAAUGUGUUGUGCAGGGUGCUACAAAUGUUUUUACAACAAUUCAUUCAAUGGAUAUGAAAAUCGUACAUGUCGAUAAGAAUGGUGAAUUUCAUUUAGGCUACAAUAAAACUGAAAUUCAAGGACUCUCUUGGUAUAACUUAUUACAUUGGGAGAAUGUGAGAGAAGCACAGAAUAAGCAUAGAUUAAUUACACAAUCUGAACAAGACAGGUCUUGUAUCCUUUUAGUACAAAUGCAACAUAGACAAGGUGAUUUUAUUUGGGUGCAUGUUGUUUUACAAGUACGUGAUGGUCAAGAUUCAAAUCAACAACCAGUCAUUGUUUGUACCAAUCAAGUAUUAAAUGAAGAAGAAGCUUCUGUGAUGCUAGCAAAUUCAUGGCUUUAUCAUUAUUAUUCCGUACAAUCAAAAAUACAAUUCGGAAUACCAUUUGAAGGUCCAACACGUGUCCCACCCACACCAACAUACUAUCACCAUCAUUCACAUCAUCCAGGUGGAUUACCUACAAAUCUUACCCCACACGGUUACUCAAGUCAUCAUCAUCCAUCACAUCAUGUGCCAUAUGGUUACCAUUCACCGUUAGGUAUUGGUCCACCACAAUCUUCACCAUCUCAUGUAAUGGGACAUCCUAAUGGUAACAGUAAUGGUAUGAUAGGACCAUACUCAGCUUACAGAUUAGAGCCUGUCGAUUUUAGUAAUAGUCCUAAUCAACAACAACAACAGCAUCAACAGCAUACCCAACAGCAACAACAUCAGCAACCACAGCCUCCAAAUAAUAUAUCACCACCAGAAUCAGUUGAACCUCGUUGUAGUUCAACAAAUAGUUCCAGUUCGGGAAGCCAUCAUCAUUCACUUUCAAAUGCUAGAAUAAAUCCUGUAUCACCGCCAACAAAACGUAGAGCUAUUAACAAACUGGAACCACUGUACAUAAUUGAAAGUGAAAGUCCUGAGUCAAGUAAUAUUGGUAUAACUGAUUUAGAUAAUCAAUAUUGUCACAACGGUGGUAAUAGCGGUGGUGGAAUUGGGAUCCUUGGUGAACAUGGCGGGGGAGGUGGUGGUUCACUUGCAUAUGAGGCUGUUGUUGUCCCACCAAAUCGUUCAAGAAUACUGACUAAAAUCUUACCAACUGAUCCGCCUGAUUUAAUAGAUCAAUGGAAUCCAAGUCCACCUUGGUCAGAAACAGCACAAAAAGCUCCCGAUAUAACACAUCAAGAACUAAGCCCUUAUUUUACCACCACAACGCCACCAACACCAAACAGCGCUCCACCAUUACAAACAUGUGGUCAAGCAUUCUCGUUUGACUGGAUGUCAGAGCAAUUUAUACCGAUAUCAACGAUUACGAAUGAUUCAUGCGGUGUUAAUGGCAGCUCUGCAUGUGUGCCAUGCUUAACCCCAGAUGGUAUAACAGUACAAGUGCCAUUGCAUCAAAUGUCAAUGACAUCACAUCAUCCUCAUUCGCAUCAUCAUCAUCAUCAUCAUCAUCAUCUUCACCAUCAUCAUCCACAUUGGCCACCGGAUCAUAAUGGAAGAAUAAUAACGUUACAAGCAAUCAAUAAUAGCCUUUCACCACAAGCAAGUAAUUCUAGCACUGAUUCCAAUAGCAAUAAUAAUAGCAAUAUUAGCAAUAGUAGUAAUGAUAACAAUAGUACCAUUAGUAAGAAUCACACAAAUGAUAUUAAAACUUGCAUUGAUAUUAAAGAAGAACAUGAUAAAGAUGGUCGAAGAUGAAUUGAAGUUUACUUUAGAACUACUAAAGUCUAUAUUAAAAAAAAUAAAUCUCACAUUGUAAAGUAUAAUGGCUGGCUUAGUGCAAUUUUAUAUAUUUAUAGUUUUUUAUUUUCUUUUCACACUAUUUAUUUUAAAAAAUUUCUUAGUAUUUUUAAUUUAGUACAGUGCUGUAUUUAUAAAUUAAUUUUAUUUAACUAAAGCAUUUUUUCUUUAGACAAUUUAGAAGAGAAUUAAAUGAAACCCAAUGGAAUUUAUAAUUUGUAAAUAAUUUUUUUAUUGAAACAGGCCAAUAUUAGAAAACAUAAGUUGUAAAAAAUCAAAUUCAAAUAGGAAAUUAGUACCAGAACUUUGAAACACAUUAUUUAAAGGAAACGUUAAUUAAAGAAAAAUAAUGCUGGAAUAGUGAUGCUAUGUAUUUAUAAAAUUAAAUUAAGUUCAAUUGCACUCGGGAAUCUUUUUAAAUCUAUUUUAAAGCUCUUUUGAUUCAAAUUUACUUGAACUGAAAACUGAAAAUUUUUGAACUGAAAAUUUUUUUGACUAGUAAACGAAUUUUUAUCAAAUUCCUUAUUAAAAUUUAAUUUGAAAUUGCUUUAAUAUAAUUUAUGCAAUUCAAUAAAGUUUCAAAAUUACAUUUGUGGCUCAUCAACAAGUUGAGCCAAAAUAGCAUUACUAUUAAACGCAUAUAUAAUGACAAUAACUUAUUAGUAUUACGGAAAUUCUCUACAUUCCUUAGAGAUUAAUUAAUUUAUAGAAUAAAUAAGUAAUUUGAAUAAUA